AUGACUUUCCAUCCCGACACUCUACCCGUCCUCAAGGGCAAAGUAUUCAUAGUCACCGGUGGGAACUCCGGCAUAGGCUACUAUACCGUAUCCCACCUAGCAGAACAUGGCGCCCACGUCUACAUGUGCGCCCGAUCCCCAAAGAAGGGCACAGAAGCCAUCAGAAACAUCAAGAAAAUGCACCCCUCAGCCAAUAUCGACCUCCUGCAAAUGGACCUCAUGGACCUCACCAGCGUCGUCGCAGCCGCCAAGUUAUUCAUCACCCUCGAAACAACCCUGCAUGGCCUGGUCAACAAUGCAGGCAUCAUGGCUACGCCUUUUGAAAUGACGAAGGAUGGUUACGAGGCCCAGUGGCAGACCAACUACCUCUCCCACUGGGUUUUGACGGAGCAUCUUCUCCCUCUCAUGUUGCAGACUUCCAAGACGCUUUCUCCUGGCAGCGUCCGCAUCGUCAAUCUAACUUCAUCGGGUCACUUGAGCGCACCCAAGGGCGGUAUCAAUUUCGAUGAUCUAUCACUCAAGGACAGCGGCCCAUGGUCACGAUACGGACAGAGCAAGCUGGCCAAUAUUCUGCACACCAAGACUCUGCAAAAUUCGUACGGCCCCGGUUCUCCCAGUGCGCAGAACGGGGGGGGCGAGAUCUGGGUUUCGUCUGUGCAUCCCGGCGUGGUUGAUACGAACCUUGCCACAUCGGUGGAGGAGUCCGGGACAGGCAUUUCGAGUCUUCUCUCAAUCAUGCGCAUGGUCGGAUUGAUAUGGCCUGCGGAUAAGGGGUCGUGGAAUAGUGUGUUUUGUGCGGCUAGUCAGGAUAUGACGGCGGAGCAGAGCGGGGCGUAUAUGGAGAUCUUUAAGCGUUUUGGAGAGCUGAGGUGCCAGAGUGGUGCGGCGAAGGAUGAGCAGCUUGCGGAGAGGUUAGAGGAGUGGACUAGGGUGGCGAUGGCUGUGGUUUCUAAGUGA